AGGGUGUGCACUGCGUGCCUGGGCGUCCUGGGCCGAACUUAAUCACCGUGGAGCUCGGCGGCCGGUUAGUUUCGCGCUUCUUGGUCGCCGGCAGACAGAGGUCACCAGGCACAUGCGUCCGUGCUUCGAGGAAGUAUCUGUCCACUCCAUGCUGGAAGGGCAACUUGACUGCACGUGGCCGAUGAGUCAUGAACGCCUGGCAUUCGAGCCGGUGAUGCUGCGAGGACCUAUGGGGUCCGCGAACCAAGGUGCUCCUCUACGAGCGGAGAACUUGCAGUCGGGGUUAUUUGAGGGGUCGCUGACUCAGACGGCUGGUGUAGUCAGAGCAAUUUACUGUAUGCAGUAUGCAGGUCCACAAAGUUGCGCUGGGGUCCAGGUCCCCAAUCAGCAGGCAACACGAGGUGCCCAGUCCACCGAUGGCAGGACCAUCCCUGUUGAGUCAGGGAAGAGAAACCAAAAUCCCCAUUGUGAGAUCGUUGGAGAAUGCGGUGCGGUGCAUUUGUGGAAAUGCAGGAGAUUUCUUGAUUUUCUUUUCCCAGCACUUGUCUUUAAGCUUCAAGCUUCUAAGGAGGAAGGCACUCAUCAAGUGACAUCCUGCUCGAGUAGUCCAGUCCUUCGAUCCAGCGGCAAAACAUCACAAAAGGAAAAUUCAAAACCGUUUUGUCUCUUGUACCAUGAUGUUGUGACACGCAUACCAGGAGAAUUGGACUCACGAUGUAUUCACGCGCAGUCUCAACAUAUCUUACUGCAUUGUGAGAACGACGCACAGACAAUCAGCAGACGUCCGCCCGGCUUCAUCAUGUCACACAGUCUCAAAUAUUUCGAAAAUCUAUCAGAUACAAUCAGAUUUCCAUCUAUUUUGCGGCGGGUUGAACGCCUCCCGAUGGGAAUACAUUUCAUAGCCAUGCAGCACAACCUCCUCGAGGACCAGUGUCACUUCAGAAUAGCCACGGACCUACUGGACGUGUCGACCACCAUCAGCAACCACCACAAACACGCCAUUACGCUGAUGAGAAUGUAAUCACCCACCUCGUCCCCUAGCCCCCUCCGGCGUUAUUUGUAAACAGCUCUGGUGAAUCAGAUUGAGAGCCUUGACAGCAUCCCGCGCGUCGAUAACGCACGAGAUGUUGAUCUCGUUCGCGCCCUGACUGAUCAUCUCGAUAUUGAUGUUACCGUGGCCCAGCGUGGUGAACAUGCGGCCUGCUAUCCCCACCAUGUUCCGCAUUUUCUUACCCACUAGCGAGAGAAUCGCCAUGUCCCGGCUCACUGUGACCUGUGCACCAGGCGUCAGCUAUCCUGACAGUUUCAGGUAUAUAAUAA